CGUCCACGGCUUGACGGUCUCCCGCCCCUUUUCCGGCAACUUCUGCCCUCCCUUUUCCUUUCCUCGGGCCUCGUCGAAAGUUACGGUAGUUCGUGGUAUCAGUGGUGAAGAGUGUGUCGGAAGGAGCGGGCGAUGGCGGCAGUGCUGGUGCGAGAAGGAGCCGGGGGCGAAGGCAACGGGGGCGCACGGCGAGGAGGAGCCUUCUCCCGAGCCCUGCUGCUGCUGCGGCUGCUGCUAUCCUGCCCGUCGAGGCUGGCGGACGUUUCGGGUUCCACACACUGCCCUUAUGCUAACGUCUCCAUAGCAGAAGGUUCAUCUGGGAUGAUCUUUGCUAAUGUUUCCAGUUAUCCCAACAUUUUAAUUUUAAUUCAUAAGAGCAGUUCAUCUGAUCCUGAUGUUGACAUUUUACUCAUAACUGGAGGAAAACUGAAACCCUACAAUAGCUCAUUCAAGGAACACUUCUAUCUAUGGGGAAAUGACCUCUUUAUCAAUAACACCAACAAACAACGUGCUGGAGAAUACCAACUUCAAGAUACUUUGAGAAAUUGUUUCCAUCGAGUCUUCCUUAGCAUACCUGACCCUGGGCACUGCCCUUCAGCUAAUCUUUCCAUACCAGAAGGUGCCUCUGGGACGAUCAUUCCUAAUAAUAUAUUGAACCAUUCCAAUAGUCUUGCUUUAUACAAGAAGAACCACUCCUCCUCUUCUUGGCAAUACAUCUUGAGCACAGACAAGGGGCACCUGAAUCACAGUGUCAACACGUAUGAAGAGCAAUUCUAUAUAUCUGACAGUGGCCUUACUAUCAAAUAUGCUUAUGAAGGACUCGCUGGAGAGUACCAGCUUGUUCAUCAGCAAAAUGGAUCCUGUGUGCUUCAGUUCUUCCUUAAUAUACCUGUUUCAGGACGCAGACAUGAUUGGGCUUACGCCGCAGUAGGGCUUGCCAUCUUUUUGGUGCUCUGUUUCACAGUGUAUCUAUGUUGGAAAUGGAAAAGGAGAGACACUGCUCAACUUGCUGGUGGCUUGGCAAAUGGAACUCUGCCUCCUGGGUCACCAGAGGUGCAAGAAAGCAGCGAAGACCCACCCAGGAGAGAAAAUGGGAACUCUUUUUCUCAUGAAUGCGACACUGAAACAAAUGCCUUACUGCCUUGAAGGACUGCUCCUUUCAUUUUCUAGCCAUAUGCUUUUUAAGAUGGUGGCCAUGUGCAAUGCACAUCCUCUGAUACCCUCCCCCCAAGAAACCUUCACACGCCCUCCUGCCCGUACCAUUUUUUAAAAAACCAAGUGGCCUUGAAGUCUAUUUUCUUGUGAAUUGCACAAAACGAUGGGAAGCAGUUCAAGGGCAUCAGCUCUGUUGAAAGCCCAGCAUUUGAGUUCAGUUCCUCCAAGCAAGGAAGCCUCACGCUCUCCCGUUGGAGGAGACCCUGGUGCCAACUCUGGCAGAGCCUGCUCCUAUGAGACACUGACUCAAACAGAAAGUGUUAGGAUAUAGUUCUGUUCCACCUUUAGAACAGGCAUGUGGAGUUGUUGUAUGUCACAUGUCUGUUGACUUCCAGCACAGCCUGCUGGGAACUUCUGUUGUAUAUAGCUUUUGCUUGGACAUGAAGGGAAGUGGACAUGUUUUUCCUUUGUCCUGAUGCUGAAUUAAAUGCUUGUAAAUAUGCUUACAUAUGCCUCUGUCCACCCUUUCGUUGCAAAGAGUUCUUAUCUCUG